AUGGCUGCUCCUUCCUCUCCAAUCACGUACCCCCCGAGCUCGUCGCCUGCGAUUCCUCCGAAGCGUCCUUUCCGAGAUGGCUACCAACAACCAACCAGGCCCAAGGCGAGAGGCGGUUUUCUUAUGGAGGAUUCUGAUGAAGAGGAAUUGAAUGAAGAGCCAAGCCCGAAACGGAUCAUGACCAAGGACCCAAGGGCGACUGCAGGCUUGACAGCAAGCAACACGGCAGAAGCUAUUACCCAGGAAACAGAGAACAACUCUAGUGCUGGAGAUAAGGAGGUCAGAACCGAGGAAGAGCCCACAGAAAUACCAGACGCGCAGCCAAGAGACGCAACUGUCGUCGAUGAAGAGGAGGAAGCUCGCUAUGCGCGCCUUUUCAGCAGACACGACGCGCCGACCGAGACGCCCACACAAACACGGAUUGGGCGGGACGGCUACGCUUUCGUCACAUGCUCGGGCAAGUCUGAUGGUGUUCUGAAACGCACGAAGACCACCACCACCAACUACAAAGAUAUGGUUGCUGAGCGAUCGAGAACCAAGGAGGGCCGGGCGAAGCGCGCUUACUUUGGCAUUGAUAUCCAUAAACUCAUGGGUGAUGCCACCAACGAAAUGGUAGCUUCAAAGACCAAGUCAAAACCGGCACCUAGCCACACAAUACCGGUUAUGCCGUCUGUGGAAGACCGAGCUGCGAAUCCCAGAAAGCCAAAGAGGACCAUGCUUUGGACAGAGAAAUACCGCGCCAGGAGCUUCAUAGACCUUGUGGGCGACGACUUCACAAAUAGGCAGGUUUUACGAUGGCUGAAGCGCUGGGACACCAUCGUUUUCCCUAACUCGGCCCGGACCAAGCCUGCCGGGGCGAGGAAACAGGCAGCUCAGCAGCAAGAAGAGGAAGAUAAGCCACACAAGAAGAUCCUGAUGCUGACAGGGCCGCCUGGUCUUGGAAAGACAACACUUGCACACGUUUGCGCACGACAAGCAGGAUACGAGGUGAUCGAGAUCAAUGCAAGCGACGAUCGAAGCCGGGACGUUGUUAAGGGGCGGAUCAGAACUAGUCUGGGCACAGAGAGCGUCAAGACGGUUGAGCAUGCCAAGCCGAAACCCGGGGCCAAAGCCAAGGUUGCCCGCCCAGCGUGUGUCGUGGUUGACGAAGUCGAUGGUGUCACAACCGGCUCCGGCGCAUCGGGAGAGGGUGGCUUUGUCAAGGCCUUGAUUGACCUAGUGAUAACUGACCAGAGGAACAGCUCUGGGGAAGCAUCGGCGGCGAGGAAAAAGAAGAGGGGGGAUGACUUUCGCCAAAUGAGGCCACUGAUCCUUAUUUGCAACGAUGUGUACCAUCCAUCCCUUCGUCCGCUCCGACAGUCUGGCCACGCAGAAAUCAUUCGUAUCGGGAAGCCGUCUGUCGAUGCUGUCGUGGGCCGACUGAAGGCAAUCUUUGAGAAAGAAGGAAUAUCCUGCGAGAAGGAUGCUGCACGAAAGCUUUGCGAAUCGGCGUGGGGUAUGUCGAAUGCACUCGAUGCCAAGAAAGGUGCCGAGAGUGCCGCAGAAGGUGAUCUCAGAGGCGUAAUGGUAGUAGGAGAAUGGGUCGCCGGCAGGUUGAGAGCACAAGAUUCGAAAGGCCCGAUGCAGCUCACACGCCAGUGGAUUGACAAAAACAUCGUCCAAGAUUUGCAACAUGGUGGUGGCGGCGCUCGUGGACUUGGCCGGGGAGGCGUCAAGGAGAUUGUCAGUCGCGUUUUUCAAGAGGGUGCUGGAUUUCCCCGGCAAGCCGACAUGAGCGUGAACAAGAAGACAAGGCACGAACAGCCACAGGCCCAGCUGGGCUUCACGGAGCAUUUGAAGAAGCACGCCAUCGAACGACUGCGCGAAAUGGUAGACACGAGCGGCGAAGUGGAUCGAAUCCUGACCGACAUCUUCUCCGAAUACCCCAAUCGCGAGUUCAACGACGAUUCUUACUUAUCUAAACCGAAUGAAGCAUACGAAUGGCUUAGUUUUCAUGACGACUGUUCAUCACGUCUUUACGCCAGUCAGGAGUGGGAACUUGCACCUUACCUCAGCCAACCUGUGCUGGCGUGCCACCACCUCUUCGCAAGCCCACAUCGACCACAGGCCAACGCGGGUUUCGACAAACAGUGGCGAGCCGCAGAAGGCGAUGCCGGGGCCACGGAAGUGCCACUGCCCUUUACCGGGCCUCGUGCUGACUACACUGCAUACGAGACGAGCAAGCAGAAUCGGGCGUUGCUGCAAGGACUCCAGGGCCAACUACCGCCCACGUUGAUGCGGGCUUUCAGAAGCCCAGAGGACAUUGCGACCGACUUUUUGCCAUAUUUGAUCCGAUUGGUCUCACCAGAUGUCAAACCCGUGGUCGUGGGUGGGAGCAGCGACAAAGGCGCUGUUGCAAGCGUACGGCGAGAAACCGAGAAGAACAUGGUCAGGAGAGGUACCGAGGUGCUGGCCGAGGUCGGCAUCGCUCUGCUGAAGGGCAAGAUCGAGGACUCUAACCCGUCCAUGGCGGGGAGGACGCAGUGGGUGUACCGCAUGGAUCCUGACCUCGAUAUGCUUUCCACCUUCGAGACAGCAGGCGAACACGUCCUAGCCACGCAGAUCCCGGUGCGCUACGCUGUCCGGCAAGUCCUUGACCAGGAGCUGCAGAAGACGAUCGCGCAGCGCGAAGCGGCCGCCCGCCAAGCGCGCUUCAAGGCCGGCAUGGGUACCGUCGAGCUGGCCCAGCACGACAUGCUACUGCACGAUGACAAAGAGAACGCCUCCUCUGGGCAGAAGGCCCUCCCCAUCAUGCCUACCGUUGUCAAGAAGGAUUUCUUUGGACGUGUCGUCCUGGAGAAGCCGCUGCAGGAGAUUGAUGGGAACAGUGGUGGUUCGAAGAAGGGCCAGGUGGCUGAGAAGGGGGAGAAUAAAGUCUGGGUUACCUAUCAUGAGGGCUUGAAUAAUGCUGUGAGGAAGCCGAUCACAUUGGAUGACUUCCUGAGGGGACUUUAA